AUGGGAACUGGGAGUGGAAAAACGCAGAUUGCCGUUCUCCGAGUACAAGAAGAGCUUUCAAGGUGUGCCCCGGACAAGUUGGUUUGGUUCUUAACGCCCACGGUGGUUCUAGCCGAACAGCAAUACUCGGUUCUCAGCAAACAGCUACCCCUAUACCAAAGUCGACUAUUGUUAGGAAGCGAUAAUAUCGAUCAUUGGAGCACUCAAAGAAUAUGGGACAAAAUAUUAUUGAAUAUCCGUAUUGUGGUCUCUACGCCGCAGGUGCUUCUGAAUGCCAUGUCAAGUGGAUUCGUUAAGCUAUCUAAAUUGGCAUUACUAGUGUUUGACGAAGCACACAGGUGUGUCAAGGCUAGUCCUUUCAAUGGCAUCAUGCGUUUAUAUCACCGCGCACGGUUGGCCGGCGACAAUGUGGAAUUACCGGGGAUCUUGGGCUUGAGUGCAAGCCCGGACGACGUGAAAGCGUUAGAAAAAAACCUACAUGCCAUAUGCCGAACCCCGGUAACCCAGCGUGAAGAGCUCUUGAAGCACACCCACAAGCCAGAAAUCUCAUGCAUUACUUAUAGCCGACGGUUGGAAGACCAUUCGCAGCUUCUGCAAUUCCUUGACAAGUUGCUUGGCAUUACAUUUGCAGACAUUGAAAAUGACCCAUAUAUGAAGUCGCUUCGCAUGAAAAAGGAUCCCAAGAGCCAAGAACAAUAUGAAACCAUUUCUGGCUCUGGCAAGACUUUUACCCGAACAAAUCUCAUAUCGCUUGCUCAACGUGCUCAGGUGAUUCACAGCGAAGUUGGCCCGUGGGCUGCAGAUGUAUUUGUUACCACAUGCACCGAAAAGUUCAUUGAAGGCAUACUGAAAAAGUCGACCAACAGUAUUUUCAAGUUGUGGGAGGAUGCGGAGAAGAUAUAUAUGAUGCAGCAUCUUUCGAAGCUGCAACCGUUCAUAGGUGAAAGACGUUGGGGGAGCCUGCCAGACGCAAUGUCGCAGAAAGCAGAAUUGCUAGUUGAUAAGAUCGUGGAAUCGUUCCACCCAGGACAUCGUAUCAUUGUAUUUGCUGAACAGAGGACCACGGUCAUCAUGAUCGCACAUCUUCUGUCUGUUCAUCCGCGCAUGAAGGAGAUAGUGGCGGCUUCUUUUCUCGGAAGCUCAAACUAUGCCAGCAGAAAGUCAAACAUCACAGAGCUAUUCAGCCCAAGGGACCAGGAAGAGGCCGUGAACAACUUGCGCAGUGGUAAGAUCAAUGUUUUGGUAGCGACCUCGGUCUUGGAAGAAGGCAUCGACGUCCCUGCUUGUAACAUGGUGAUCUGUUUUGACCCGCCAAAAGAGCUAAAGUCAUUCAUACAAAGAAGAGGCAGAGCCCGGGACCGAGAAUCAAAGUUUAUUCUCUUCGUCGAUGGCAAUGACGUCGAGAGUGUUGCCAAAUGGACUUUUAUGGAAGAGAAUUUGAAGAAGAUCUACGCCGAUAGCAUGCGCAAGCUAGAGGAAAUCCAAGCACUGGAAGAUAUCGAGGAGGACAGUCCAGAGAAUUUCCGAGUACCAUCCACAGAGGCUGUUCUCAACUAUCAAAACGCACGUGAAUACCUAGCGUAUUUCUGCGCCACCAUUUCGUGUGCUUAUAUCAACAACCAGCCCGAUUUUGUCAUGCAUCGCGAUCCGGUCACAGACUUGAUUACGGCAAAAGUAGUCCUGCCAAGUUACCUCAGUCCGUCAUUGCGCACUGCGUGGGCAAAGUCGAAAUGGCUAACAGAAAAACUGGCCAAAAGAGAUGCUUCCUUCCAGGCAUACAUGGCUCUUUAUAACGCAGGACUCGUGAAUGACAACUUGAUGCCAAUACAUCGCCGAAAGUACAAUGAUGAAGAAAAGACCAUGCAGGAAAAACAGGCGAAACUUGUCCAAGUAUCCGAGUCCUGGAACCCUUGGCUGGACAUGGCUCAUUUGCACAGGAGCGAUGUAGCCCUAAUCGCGACACGAGUUUGCUUCGAGCCUAAUUCGCUGGGUAUUCCAGACAUGGUAUUGCUUUUGCCCAAGCGACUCCCAUGCGACUGGGAAUUUGACUUGUUCUGGAAUGCAGAAACUACCCUCAAAGCCCGACUGUGCUAUGGUGGCCAUGCGAUUUCGGUUGGUGACACUCAACAAGCCGCAAGGUUUACUCACGAAAUGCUUUACUCUGUCUACAAUGGAAGAAUGUUAUGGGACGACAAUGAUUAUUUGACUUUGUUUUGGCCGGCACAGAUGGUUCAGUCGCCAAUUGAGCAGUGGCUCUUGUCAAUCAAGGGCACUGACCCGGCGCAAGAUGCUAUUAGCCCCUUUGAUAAAGGCAAGCUAAAUGAGCUGGGCAUUGCUCGUAGCACUGAAGCAUAUGUCCGGGCAUUUACUAUUGAACAGACCAUCAACAAGGUGGCACUUAAUAAAAAUGGUGAUGAGAACGGCGAUGAAGACCAUGCAACACGCGAACCCGAGCUUCAUAUUCAGGGAACCAACUUUCCAAAACGUGCAGACUUCCUUCAUGCGCUAUCUCAGGAUGCAUUGGCACCCAUGGCACAUACAUCACAGCAAUGUGUACCUAUACGGCUCUGUAACAUCCAUCGGAUCCCUGUGAAGUUUUCUAAAUUCGCACUAUUUGUUCCCUCCAUUGCGCAUAAAAUCGAGAUUCUCUAUGUUGCCGAAAGGCUAGCUCGGACAGUAUUGUCAAGGGUGAAAUUCGAGAACUUGGGUCAUGUCUUGGUAGCAAUCAGCGCUUCUGAAGCAAGGGAGCCUACUGACUACCAGAGAUACGAGUUUCUGGGGGACAGCCUCCUCAAGUUUAUCGUUUCUAUUCACUUGACGGCGACCAACCCCCUUUGGCACGAAGGGUUGUUAUCCCCCGAAAAGGACAAGAUCGUGUCAAAUGACCGACUAGCACAGGCAGCGCGUAGGGAAGGCUUGGAUCAAUACAUCUUGACCAAGCCAUUCACUGGGCGCAAAUGGAGGCCGUAUCGGGUAUCCGACUUUGGCGAAACGGGCCAGGCCCCGAACAAAAGGCGAGAGUUAUCAACGAAAGUGCUAGCGGAUGUUGUAGAGGCCCUCAUGGGAGCUUCGUUUCUGGACGGGGGAAUUGAGAAGAUGACUACAUGUGCACGCGUCCUCCUCCCUGGAGUAGAGUGGACAUCUGUUCAAGAGGAGAUCCACGUGCUGUACCGCGAUGCAGCGGUGUCAGACGUUGCUGCCACCCACCCCAAACUGGCUCAGAUAGAGGAGAUGGUGGGAUACAACUUCACAAAACCCAGCCUCGUAUUCGAAGCAUUGACGCAUCCGAGCUGCCAGGACGAAUCCGUGUCGUACCAACGCUUAGAGUUUCUUGGAGACUCGGUGCUGGACCACAUUGUGGUCCAAGAACUUUUCCACCUGCCCAAGGAGCUAUCACACCAAGAUAUGCAUCUUAUGCGAACAACGGUUGCAAACGCCGAUUUUCUCGCGUUUCUCUGCCUGGGGCUGUACACUACGGAAGAACGCGAGGAAGCAAUAAGCCCCGGACUUGCGCACGUAUCAACCAUCCAGACUGAGCACAAGACGUACCUGUGGCAAAUGAUGCGACACGGCGCAUCCUGGGAUAUUGUCAAUGCGCAGCAAGAAGCGUUCCAGCGAUAUCAGGCCUGGGGCGGCGCGGUGGAGGACGCACUAAAGCAUUCCUCUACAUAUCCCUGGGCAGGACUAUUCCGCAUCAGUGCGGGCAAGAUCUUUUCUGACAUGGUCGAGAGCCUCCUGGGGGCAAUCUUUGUCGACUCGCACGGCUCGUUGGACGCGUGUCGCGGGUUCCUCGAGCGCAUUGGGCUGUUAAUGUACCUGCGUCGGAUUGCUCACGAGGCCAUUGAACUGUUGCAUCCCCGCAACCAGCUUUUAAUUGCGGCCAAAUCAGCGCUAGUGACUACGGAAACCAAGGCAGAGAAGAUCUGCGACGGUGAGGAGAACACCGAUGAUAGUAAUGAUAUUGAUAACAAGCUAGUGUACAUCUGCAAAAUCUACGUCGACGGCGAGGAAAUCGUUGAAGUCAACGACGGGAUUAACAAGCUCGAAGUCGAAACUAGGGCGGCAGCACUGGCAGCGGAGAUUCUCAGGAGGAGAUCGUCGGACCGCAUGGACGAGUCUGUGGAUGGUGAAGCGAGUGUUGCUGCAUAG